AGCAGAAGAGGAAGCUCAGCGUCAGUGCAGAGACAAAGAGAGAGUCAGUCCGCUCCGUCUCGUAUCAGACUCUUCACGGAGGGAACUGGAUUCCCCGGGAGAGGCGUCUACUUCAGCCUGCCUGGUCCACCAGGGAGCCUUGAUGGACCUCCAUGAUGACCCGGCGGACAUGAUUCUGCGCCCUGCACCUGCGGCACACAGUCCAACAUGAGUCCCUUGUUCGCCCUGCGGGUCUUGUACCUCCUGCUUUUAGUCUUCCAGGCAUCGGUCGCGUCCAAGAACGAGAGGUCACUGGUGCCGAGCUCCGCCUCCCGCCUGGUGGCCAGGAUGGACGGGGACAUCAUCAUCGGCGCCCUCUUCUCCAUCCACCACCAGCCGUCGGCCGAGAAGGUGGCGGAGAGGAAGUGCGGGGAGGUGCGCGAGCAGUACGGUAUCCAGAGAGUGGAGGCCAUGUUCCACACGCUGGACCGCAUCAACUCGGUCCCGCACCUGCUGCCCAACAUCACGCUGGGAUGUGAGAUCAGAGACUCCUGCUGGCACUCCUCCGUGGCGCUGGAGCAGAGCAUCGAGUUCAUACGAGACUCCCUCAUCUCCAUCCGGGACGACAGCGAGGGCGCCAGGUGGUGCGUGGACGGGGCGCCUUCCGGUCAGCCUCCGCCCACCAAAAAGCCCAUCGCGGGGGUCAUCGGGCCCGGCUCCAGCUCGGUCGCCAUUCAAGUGCAGAACCUGCUGCAGCUGUUCAACAUCCCGCAGAUCGCCUACUCGGCCACCAGCAUCGACCUCAGCGACAAGACGCUCUUCAAGUACUUCCUCAGGGUGGUGCCCUCCGACACCCUCCAGGCCCGGGCCCUUGUGGACAUUGUCAAACGAUACAACUGGACCUACGUGUCUGCUGUCCACACAGAAGGUAACUACGGGGAAAGCGGGAUGGAGGUGUUCAAGGAGCUGGCCUCGCAGGAAGGACUCUGCCUUUCGCACUCGGACAAGAUCUACAGCAACGCCGGCGAGAAGCAGUUUGACAGGCUGCUGCGGAAGCUGCGCGAGCGUCUGCCCAAAGCCAGGGUGGUGGUCUGCUUCUGCGAGGGCAUGACGGUACGAGGCCUGCUCAUGGCCAUGAGGCGCCUGGGAGUUGCCGGAGAAUUCCUCCUAAUUGGCAGCGACGGCUGGGCCGACCGAAUGGAGGUGGUGGAGGGCUACGAGCGGGAGGCGCUGGGGGGCAUCACCGUCAAGCUGCAGUCGGAAGAGGUCUCCUCCUUUGACGACUACUUCCUGAAGCUGCGGCUGGCCACCAACAGCCGCAACCCGUGGUUCCCCGAGUUCUGGCAGCACCGCUUCCAGUGCCGCCUUCCGGGUCACCCCCAGGAGAACGGGAAUUACGCCAGGAACUGCUCAGGUUCCGAGCGCCUGGAGGACAGCUAUGUCCAAGACAGCAAGAUGGGCUUCGUCAUCAACGCCAUCUAUGCCAUGGCGCACGGCCUGCACGACAUGCACACCAGCCUGUGCCCCGACGGCCACACGGGCCUGUGCGACGCCAUGACGCCUGUGGACGGCAGCCGCCUGCUGGACUUCCUGCUCAAGACCUCCUUCACCGGCGUCUCCGGGGAGGACAUCUGGUUCGACGAGAACGGGGACUCACCCGGGAGGUACGAGAUCAUGAACUUCCAAAGCGUGAAACCCGGCGCUUACGACUACGUCAACAUCGGCUCAUGGCACGAGGGCGUGCUCAGCGUUGACGAUGAUGCCAUCCAGACGAACCGCAGUGGCGCGGUGCGCUCGGUGUGCAGCGAGCCCUGCUCCAAAGGGGAGAUCAAGGUGAUCAGGAAGGGAGAGGUGAGCUGCUGCUGGAUCUGCACGGCCUGCAAAGACAACGAGUACGUCCAGGAUGAGUUCACGUGCAAGGCCUGCAAGCUGGGAUGGUGGCCCGACCAAGGAUUGGAAGGCUGCGACCCCAUCCCCCUGCGCUACCUGGAGUGGAGCGACCCGGAAUCCAUCAUCCAAGUGGUUUUCUCCUGCUCGGGCAUCUUGGCGACGUCGUUCGUGGCCUUGACCUUCGUGUUGUACCGCGACACGCCGGUGGUGAAGUCGUCCAGCCGGGAACUCUGCUACAUUAUCCUGGCGGGCAUCUUCCUGGGCUACCUGUGCCCCUUCACCCUCAUCGCCCGGCCCACCGUGGCCUCCUGCUACCUCCAGAGGCUGCUGGUGGGCCUGUCGGCCGCCAUGUGCUACUCGGCCCUCGUCACCAAAACCAACCGCAUCGCCCGCAUCCUGGCGGGCAGCAAGAAGAAGAUCUGCACCAGGAAGCCCAGGUUCAUGAGCGCUUGGACCCAGGUGGCCAUCGCCUCCGUCCUGAUCGGCGUGCAGCUCACGCUGGAGGUCACGCUCAUGGUCCUGGAGCCCCCCGAGCCCGUGAGGUCCUAUCCCAGCAUCAGGGAGGUCUUCCUCAUCUGCAACACCAGCAACCUGGGCGUGGUGGCGCCGCUGGGCUACAACGGCCUGCUCAUCAUGAGCUGCACCUACUACGCCUUCAAGACCCGCAACGUGCCCGCCAACUUCAACGAGGCCAAGUACGUGGCCUUCACCAUGUACACCACCUGCAUCAUCUGGCUGGCCUUCGUGCCCAUCUACUUCGGCAGCGACUACAAGAUCAUCACCACCUCCUUCUCCGUCAGCCUGAGCGUGACCGUCGCCCUGGGCUGCAUGUUCGCGCCCAAGAUGUACAUCAUCAUCGCCAAGCCCGAGCGCAACGUGCGCAGUGCCUUCACCACCUCGGAUGCCGUGCGCAUGCAUGUGGGCGACGGCAAGCCGGCGUGCCGGAGCGGCGGCCUGCUGGGCGUGUUCAACAGGAAGAAGGACGCCUGUGGGGGCAGUUCAAAUGGGACGUCUGUGUCAUGGUGUGAACCAGGGGCAAGGCCGCCCCCCCCCAAAGGCCAUCGCAUCUGGCACAGACUGUCGGUUCACGUGAAGAAGCGGGAGGCGGCGUCCAAUCAGACGGCCGUCAUCAAGCCGUUAGCGAGCAGUCGCCGCGGCUCGGCCGGGCUUCCGUUCUCUCAGCUCGGCGCCAAGACUUUGUACAACGUGGUCGAGGAGGACGAGGGCGACGCCGUGACUCCUCCCUCCGUGCGGGCGGAGCUCUAUGCGCCAGGCUGCGUGGUCUCCCAGGAAGUUGUGGCUAAAUUCAACCCUGAGGCUGCGCGUGCCGCGCCCGUGUACCACCAGACCCGCCUCAUCCGGCAGGACCGCCUGCGCUUCUUCGACCGGGAGCCCGCCUCCCUUUUAGGGGAGGACGUGGAGAACGAGCAGUUUGGCCUCCUCCUGGGAUACUCGGACGACGACGGCCUCCGUCAAGACGAGGAGGUCACGCCGGCCACGGGGGCCUCAUUGGCGCUCAUGCCCCCGUCUCCUUUUCGAGAUUUCGCAGCUCCCUUCCCCAAUUCGCCCAUAUCGGAGUCCAUUUUGUGCUCGCCGCUCGAUACGUCGUGCACGUCGGCCGUCCUCCGAGACUUCGGGAAGAGCUCCUCCACUCUGUGAUCCUUCGUGACGCACGCCGCUAAUGCUCCGAUUCAGGGGGGGUCCGAGUUGCUGUUUUUUCAUUGGCGCCUUCUAAAAGUCAUAUUUCACAAUAAAAGUCACAACACAGCGAGAGUGACAUGAAAAUGUCCUCACUUUCCGACAAUAACACGAUGAGGAAAAACAACCUCAGUUGGUUGCAUCACAAAGAAGGCGUGACGUAAUACGAUGACAAACAAUACAUUUGUCAUCUGGGGAGUCAGUUUUUGGAAAUACUCAGACUACGAUGACAAGAAGAAAGCUGAAAUACAGUCAAACCUGUCUUAGCGGCCACCUUUAUAGAACGGCCACCUGCCUAUAGCAGCCACUGAAAAAAUUCUCCCCCCCCCCCAUCAAAUUUACAUGUUAUAGACCCUGUGUAUAGCAGUCACCUGUCCAACGCGGCCAGCGGCCACCCAUUUUGUCUCCCUUGGUCAAUAUCUGACUGCAUAUAGCGGCCAAAUUACCGACUCAAGUAGAAGCUUCAUGCACGAAAAAGUUUCGUUUUUCAAUCAAUGAAGCCGUCGUGUGUAGACUUUAAUUACUGAGUCCUAGCUCAGUCACAAUCAUUCACAAGAUCCACACAAACUGUCAGUUGUUCCACAUAAAAAAGCCGUCUUCUUUGGAGCUUGUUGCAGACAGUGACACCGUUUAUUUCCUGGUGUGCACUGGUCAAUACUGUAAUGCCGCUUGUUGUGGGGAAGGAAAGACUCACGUCACCGAUGCACUUUAAUGGCUUUAUUAACAUCGGAGAACACUGCAGGACUUUACAUCCACGCCAACAUAAACACACUUCCCAACUCUCUCCAAACUCACAGCUAGCACUGAGCCUAGCUCUCCUGCUCGGGACUCCCACCGUCACUUCCCGUCACUUCCUGAUGAACUAAAGCUGUAAUGACACUCUGCCGUAUAAAAAGUAAAAUAUUAAAAACAAGCGUAAGACAUUACUAGCACAGCUUUGUUCUGUGGGUGGUGGAUAUAUUCUAUCAGUUAUUAUUAAGCCUCUAGCUUCCUUUUAGUAAGUAAAAACCUUGGCUAUGAUUGCACUACAUUGUCAUGUAGACCUACAAAGUACACUUGGAAGAACAAGAGGUGAAUAAAUGUAUUGCAACUGAUGUGAAACUGAUGAGGGGUAGGAUUAAAUAAGCUUUGCUUCUUCCUACUCCUUUUUGGACAUGCAAAAUUGUGAAGUGUACUAUGUGAUGUGUUACUGUUUGACUCAUGCAUGUUCAGGAUUAAAACCAUGAACCAUGAUAAUAACAAGCCUAGUAGUGCUGUACAACUUUUAUCAGCAGUCCGCAGUGCCCUCUACUGGUCAACAUUAUUAUUAUUAUUAUUUUCCCUUUUUUUUCCUCUACUGGUCAACAUUCAAACUGGACGCCAACCUGUCUAUAGAGGCCACCUGUCUAUAGCAGCCACUUUUGCAGACUCCCUCUAGUGGCCGCUAUAGACAAGUUUGACUGUACUCGGAAAAUAGUUGUAGAAAACAACAGACAUGUCUUUUUAUGAGAAGGAAGUCUCAUAAAGUGGAAUAAAUGGGAAUAUUAUGAGGAAAAAUGACAUCAUUUUAUAGCAUAAAGUUGAAAUAUUACAGAAAAAAGACCUGUUUUUCUUUAAGUAGUAAUAUUAUGGGAAACAAAAAAACUAAGAAUAAGUUUGCCAUUUUGAGAAAUUUUGAAAUUUGGUUGUGGAAAUAGUUAAUAAUAAUAUAAGAAUAAAGUCAUCACAUGAUGGGAAUAAGUAGUUAUAAUAUUAUGGGAAUAAACAAAAUAACUCUAAUGAACAUAAACUAGUAGUACAAAUAAUCUUAGUCAUGUUAGUAGCAUAAUGUUGAAAUGUGAAAGAAAAAAGAGCUCUUUUUUUUGAAGUUUUAAUAAUGGAAACAAAAAAGUGGUAAUAUUACAUGAAGAAAGUCCAAAUAUUGUCAAAUAGUCCUAAUUCUGAGAAGACAAUGUAAACAAGUUUGUCACUUGGCGUCCCUCCCUGGACAAACCUGUGGACACCCCUGCUGUCUGUCCACUCGCGCAACACAAACAACAACUUUUACUUGAUAUUCUAAUUUUUUGGGUAGUACCUGUAUAUAUCUGUACAUUGAAGUCAUAAUAAAAGACAGUCAAAGAAAGAUGCACCCGGGUGGAACCCGUGAGGCAUCAUUUGGAGCAUGUAGCGUGUAGCUUACAGUACGUCCAUAACGUAAAGCUUGGCAUGAUAAGUGGCCGCUGAGAGAAAUGUUUGCUAAGACGUUUCUGCUACGAGCUAAUGACGUGUUUGUGUUUGUGUCCAGUAGAAAUGAUGUUAAACUACUGUAAUAGCUAAGCUAGCCAAGGCUUGGACGUCGCUCUUCAUUGGUGUUGAAAAUCCCUCCGGUGGGGAAGACGGACGCCACCACCGCGACAAAGCACGUUAGCUUCUGUUGGCUCGCCGUGACAACAACACCGUUGUACGGGAUUGCUAGUCCGACUGUAAUUUGAUAAAAGGACCAGAAAGGACACUGGAGAGCUUAGCGCUUUCCAAGCGUGCUUUAGCGCCACAAGGAUGUGACCGUGUCUUCCUGUCACAGAAGGGCCUUUUCCUUUGGGCCUUUUCUUAAGUGUGAUUUUUUUUCUACGGGCUUGAAAUGCAGCUUGGCUUGUUUUUAGAGUGACACGAGUGUAGCGCCACCUACUGUACAAGGCGUUGCGUGUCACUUGUGGACUGCAUGAUGUCUUCUUGAUACUGUCUACGUCCUCCAAGAGAAGGAGGAGGAAGAAGCACCUCAUUUUAGUCGCAUCACCUUGAAAUAUUCAAGAAAGACGACGUUGUUGUGAGAGACGAAAACAAAAAA